AUGGCGCCCUCCCGCGGGGCCUCGCGAGAUCCGCCAGCGCGCAGCCCCGCCCCCCGCGUUCCGGCCGCGCCAAUAGCGGUGUGGGGCCGCCGGGCCGCGCGCGCUCGCGGGCCGCCAAGCCUCGCGAGGCCCGCCAGGGCGCAGCCCCGCCCCCCGGGUUCCGGCCGGGCCCGCCGGCCGCGCCCGGCCGCGCCCAAUAGCGAUGUGGGGCCGGCGGGCCGCGCGCGCUCGGGGCCCGCCAAGCCUCGCGAGACCGGGGCCGAGCGGGGUCGCGGCCGGGCGUCAUCGGGGGCGUCACCGGGGGCGUCACCGGGGGCGCCGCCGGGCGGGAGGCGCGGGCCGGCUGUGCGGUCGGCGUGCGCGUCUCCCGCGGCGGGCGGAGGCCGCCAGAUGCCCGGCAAGCGCCGCGGGGACGAUGAGGACCCCCGCGGGCCCAAGCGGCGUCGCGGGCGGCCCCCGGGGCCCAAGGCCAGGCUGUCGGCGGCCGCGAGGGCGGCGGUGGUGGAGGCGGCGGCGGCCUGGGCGGCGGCCGAGGCCUCGCCGGGCGGCGCCGACGCCGUGGGCCUCCUGCUCCCGGGCCAGACGCGGGUGAAGCGGCGGCGGCGGGUCAUGGCCCUGGAGGACAAGAUGAAGGUCCUGGAGAAGCUGGAGGAGGGCGCGAGCAACACGGACGUGGGGCGCCUGUUCGGCGUCCACGAGUCCACCGUGCGCACCAUCAAGAGGAACGAGGCGGCCAUCAGGGCGAGCAUGGAGAGCGUGUCGCCCGUCUGCGCCAAGGUGCUGUGCGUCCCCCGCGACGCCAACAUCGAGAAGAUGGAGACCGCGCUGACCUUCUGGGUGGAGGACCAGACCAUCGGGGGGCGGCCCCUGACGCUCAAGGCCAUCUGCAGCCAGGCCAAGCGCAUCUACAAGCAGCUGGUGGAGACCACCGGCAAGGGCAACCCCGACAAGUUCCACGCGAGCAAGGGGUGGUUUGAGAAGUUCAGACACCGCUACAGCCUGCGGAAUUCGAGGCUGAUGGGGGAGGAAGAGCCGCUGGACGCCCAGUCGGCGCCCAGGUAUUCCAAGCAGGUCCAGAGACUGAUCAGGGCCAGGGGCUACGUGCCGCAGCAGGUCUUCAACGCCGAGGAGACGAGCCUGUUCUGGAAGUGCAUGCCCUCGCGUACCUUCCGGGAAAAGGACAAGAACCCCGAAAGCUUAGAGGAAGCCAAGGACAGGAUCUCCCUCAUUUUCUGUGCCAAUGCCGCCGGCGACAAAAUGAUCAAGCCCUUGCUGCUUUAUAAAGACCCCAAUCCCGCCUGUCUUCUGGAAAAGGACAAGAAGCGCCUUCCUGUGUUCUGGCGGUCACACCCCAGAGUGUCAUUGACCGCGGCCCUCUUUUUGGACUGGUUUCAUAACUGUUUCAUCCACCAGGCCCGGAGUUAUUUGAUAGAAAAAAACCUCGAGUUCAGGGUGUUGCUGAUUUUGGACAGGGGUCCCAAUCACCCAGACUCCUUAUUCUUUGCUCACCCUAAUGUUGAUAUUGUGUUUCUCCCUCUGGAAGGCACUAGCUACCUUCAGCCCUUGGAUCAGGGUAUAAUUGAAGCAUUCAGGAGGUACUACACCAAGCAUAUGUUCGACCACUUUGCCGACUGUAUGGAAAAAAACCCUUGUCUUACUUUGAAAGAAACGUGGCAACAGUACAACAUUGCUGAUGCUUUGGUCGUGAUAAAAGAGGCAAUGGAUGACAUAAAACCGGCCGCUCUUAAUAAAGCCUGGUGGAAACUUUGGGAUGAUGUUGUGAACGAUUAUGCGUGCUUCCCCAGAGCUAAUGAGGAAGUUGCAAAAAUCAUAGAGUCUGCAAAACGGAUGGACUUCAAAUUCCUUGACAUCCAAGAGGGUGAAAUUAACGAGCUGCUCAAGUUCCAGGCUUUGGCCAUAACUGAGAGAGAGUCUGCGUCAGUAAACACAGAAGAAGACAAGUCCCCGGAACCAGAGGUAAAGAUGAAUCUGAGGAAAUUGAAUGCUGUCUUACGCCAGGCCUCAGACCUCAUUGAUGCUGCGAUUGAUAUGGAUCCUUUCCUGGACAGAAGUUUGGCCUUUAAAAAAGACUUCAAUAAAUUGUUAUAUACUUAUAAAGAGGUGCAAAAGAACCUACAAAAUAAAGCAAAAGGGUUGAAGAAAGAAAAUGAAGACCCGAGCAAAGAGGAGGAAAUGUGGGCGAAGGAGAUGGAUGCAGAAUCAGAGUCUGAAGGGGAGUCUGAAUCUGAAUCUGAGCCUAACUCUGAAUCUGAAUCCCAUAACGAGGAGAAGGUAGAGGGAAAGAGGGGGGAUAAGAAGCCUCCAGAAGAAGGUCCUGGACCCUCUGGCAGUGGCACUGAGACUCUUACUAUAUCUGAAGAAUCUGCCAAAGUCAUAAGUGCAGAGCUGGACUUUUGGAAUCUAACCCUGGAAUUGAAUCUGGAGAGAGUAGAAGUGCCUGAGUUAAAGGAAGAAGAGAAUCCAGAGGCAGUUCCUUCCAAAUGAUAGCUCAUGUCUUGCCAUUCUUCCCUUGUUGCCCCAACAUCCACCUUCAUCAUGACCAUCCUUACCAUCACCAGCCACACAUCCGUAUCAUUUAGUCACUCAACAGACAUUUAUUGAGCAUAUGCUGUGUGGGGUCCUGUGCUAAACUUGGGGACAUCAUCUCAGGAAAUCAUCUCAGGAUCUAAGUGCACCCUUGGCUCCAGACCGGCCUCUCGUGCUUCUGGUACAUUGUUGCUAGGUCCGCAAACAUCUCUGGAACCUGUACACUCCCUGUCAAGGGUGGGAAAGUCCUGGGUACGUGGAAGUGACUGAGGCUGAAGAGCUCAUGCCUGAUGGGGGAACGUGUAAACAGCUCUCUCUGCUUCACCGUGAUCAGCGGCACAACGGAAGGGCGUGAGCAGCAGCCCUGGCCUCUACCUGCUAGAUGCCAGGAGUAUCUCCUCCCAGUGUGACAGUCAGAAUUGUCUCCAGGCGUUGUCAGAUGUCCCCCAGGGGGCAACCACUGGAGUAUGUGAAGCUGAGUGAUUCCCCUAAACCCAUUCCUGGUCAUGCUCACUGCAGUUCAGAGAAUCCAGAACGGGAUGCAGGAGCCUUGCAAUCAAGUCUUGGUUCUGUCCAGAGUUUCUGUAUGUUCUGUCUCAGUUAACCUUGUUUGUGAAGUACGGGGUCAUCUAGAUCCCUGAGGGCCCAUUCACCUCUUAGCAUUUUGACUCUGAGAGUUUCAGUACAUCUUAGGUGAGUUGGUAGUUGGUCCUGUAAGCUCCGUUUUCCACUGAUUCCUACUGGCCGAAAUGUCCGAGGUCCUCCUUGGGAAGGGCUUUUUGGUUGGGGGACAGGCCACUGCCCCUUUUGUCUGGAGUCUGUGCCAGACGCCACAUUAGAGUUGUUGGAGACUUACAGUGUUCCAGCACGUUCAGUUCUCUGCUCGAAGCCAAUAGUGGGUGACCCCUUCACUGUUUAGCCUUAAUAACCACACCUUGCUGGUGGAUUAAUUCACCGGUCUACAAGUGUUUAUGGUGAACCUGCUGUGUGCCAUGAACUGCUCUGAGGAUGCAGUGAUGAGCGCAGCACGGUCCUUUCUGUAUUGGAUUAGUGAUUACAGAGUCUUUCUCCUACCUGGCUUGAACCCAGGGCAACUCUGAGGUAGGCAGCAGAAGCAUCAGAAUCCGCAUUCUCUAGAUAGCAGUUGCAGAAGGGAGAGGAAAUCCCCUAACCUUGUCAGAGGCCACAGGCAGUUAGCAGUGCCCGCACUAGGAUCUAAAUCCUGCUCUCUAGUGCCUUUUUUUUUUUUCUUACAGUCAAUUAAGUAGUCAUUAAAAAACACGUGCAAUAAAAGCUUCCUUGAAAAGUGUGGUUCUUUUGUUCUUGCACGGUCACCGGUUUAGUUCAGAGGACUGGUAUUUUGACUUGGAGGUGUUGGUGGAGGUAGUAGGAGGGAAUGAGCAACCCUGCCCAGACAGGCCUCUAGUCAAACUGAAGCUCCAAACAUAAAAACGCUGCUCAGGCCCUGCCAAGAAGUAGGAGCCAGGCCCCAGGCAAUAAAUAACGUGGGAGGAGUGGGAGGACAGAGGCUUAUUUGAGUGAGGCCGGAGCCGCGGGCGGGGGGCGGGAGAAGCGCCCUUCUGUUCAGCCUGGCCUGAGUCACCGUGGGCCUCCUUGCAAGUUGUCUCUCUCCUGCUACUGGCUCCGCGGUCUCCUGCCAGUAGAGAGCCCUGGAAUGGAAGCUGUUCUCCAGUUGUGUCUAGUUCCUCUUAUUUUAAAUGUUUAUCAUUAAAAUAGUAAGAACAAUUGUAUCUCGAGUGUCUUUUGCUCUCACGUUAUCACUGCCAUCUUCUUUGCUCGAGAUCUUAAGGUCUGUUUCCUAGAUCUCCCUCGGCUGCCUUCUGGUCACUCCUCUCUCUCUCCCGUUACUCUGCUCUCUGCUCAGCUCGACCGUGUUUAAUACUCCCCUCCUUAAAAAGCCUCUGAAAGCACCCUGUCUCAUGAGUACAAACCUCUAACUCCUCUCUCUGCCCCUUUUCUGUAUGAGGCUAGCCCGGCUCCUUCACUCCUGGUAUUAUGCCUGCGGGUUAGGCUGGAUAGCUCAUCCGUCCUUAAACACCUCUUGAGUUAGUGCACGUUACCGUUUACUAGGAGUACCUCCCUCUCCUCUUGUAAACCUACGUAUUAUUUCAAAUGCAACUUAGAUGGUACCUCUUCUCUGAAGCCUUUUCUGCUCCCUCAGGUACAGCCUUCCUGUAGGUCCCACCACCUCUCAGUUACAGCAGCACAGGUUAUGUUACCUCGAAUUAGGCUCCCGUUACCCCUGGACUACCCACGGGGCCUGCACAGACACAC